ACACUGUGAAUCAAGAUGGCGGCAUUCAACGCUGAGCGGUGGCUGGACGGAUUACCAAAUCACGCCAUUUUCAAAAUACGAGAUAGGUUGGAUUUGGAGCCGAGCGCGAACGAGAGAGGGGUCGCCAAGAAUCUCACCUUCUGUUUGGGCGGCGACUUCUUCGUGUGGGACGACGCAGACCGCGUGUUUUACACCACUAACCUGCGACAGCUGAACUCGGACGAGAGUCGCGGCAGCGGGAGCUCGCAGACGUUGCUGUGCACCAACCCGCCUCUCUUCGAGGUGUGCCAGGUGCUGCUCAGUCCGACGCAGCACCACGUCGCGCUCGUCGGGCUGCGGGGUGUCUCGGUGCUGGAGCUUCCUCAGCGGUGGGGCAAGAGGUCCGAGUUCGAGGGCGGGAGGAGCGACAUCAACUGCAAGACGAUCCCGGUGGCGGAGCGCUUCUUCACCAGCUCUCCGUCGGUGACUCUGCGCCAGGCGGCUUGGUACCCCAGCGAGACCGACGAGCCCCAUCUGGUGCUGCUCACGUCCGAUAACACCAUCAGGUUUUACGGCUUGAAGUCGCCCCAGACGCUGGCCAAAGUCCUGCCGGUGUCUCAGUCGGACGAUGACAGCAGCGUCCAUCCUCCGGCCCGGUCCUACGCAGCAUCCCUCGGAGAGAUCGCAGUGGCGUUUGACUUCGGGGCGAUUACGUGCCCACCUCGGCAGCUGGCUGCACGGUACCCCAAAGAUCAGCUGGUGUACCCUCUGUACAUCCUCUACGAAAACGGGGAGACCUACUUGAGCUACACGAGCCAGGCAAACGGCGUGAGUCUCAGUAAACCCGUCGGACCCCUCCCCAUGUAUCCUGCAGCCGAGGACAACUACGGCUACGAUGCUUGUGCCAUCCUCUGCCUGCCCUGUGUGCCCACCAUCCUGGUCAUCGCCACGGAGACAGGCACGCUGUACCACUGUGUGGUGCUGGACUCUGAGGAAGAGGAGGAGACGGGAGCGGUGGAGAAGUGGAUCCGAGGCACAGAUGCAGUGCCGGCUCUCUACGUGUUUGAGUGUGUCGAGCUGGAGCUAACCCUCAAAGUGGCCACGGGAGAGGACGAGGAGCCUCAAGAGUUCGACUUCACCUGCCCGAUCCGACUGCACAGAGACCCCCUGUGCCAGCAGAGGUAUCACUGCACCCACGAAGCGGGAGUGCACAGCGUGGGGUUGAUCUGGGUCAACAAGCUGCAGAAGUUCCUCCAGUCGGAUGAGGAGGACAAGGACAGUCUCCAGGAGCUGGCCGCGGAGAAGCGAUGCAUUGUGGAGCACAUUCUUUGUACCAGGCCGCUCCUCACCAAUCAGUCGGCUCCAGUUCGUGGCUUUUUGAUCGUGUCUGACCUUGCCUUGGGCGCCACCAUGAUCUGCAUCACCAGCGCCUACGAGUGCAUCCUGUUGCCCCUGUUGAGCUCCAUUCGCCCGCCCUCCCCUCCCCUGCUUUGUUCCCAUCCAGGUCCGGGCUCCGGUAGCUCCCCUCUACGCGGGCUCGCCGACGACUCCUUCGAACAGCACAUCCGCAACAUCCUGGCGCGCAACUCCACCAAUCCCAUACUGAAGGCCGGCAACAAGGACACGUCGCCGCCGCCUCCAGAGUGUCUGCAGCUGCUCAGCAGAGCCACGCAGGUCUUCAGGGAGGAGUACAUUCUCAAGCAGGACAUGGCCCGGGAGGAGAUGCAGAGACGGGUCAAACUCCUGACGGGUCAGAAGAACAAGCAGCUGGAAGAGAUGUCUCUGUGUCGGGAGGAGAGGAUGAGUCUGAGAGAGGCGGCGGAGAGGUUGGCCGAUAAGUACGAAGACGCAAAGUAUCGCCAGGAAACCAUCAUGAACCGGGUUAAAAAGGUACUGGGCAGCCUGCAGAGCCGACUACCCAUACUGUCAAACAGUGAGAAGGAUAUGAAGAAAGAGCUGCAGACCAUCAGCGAUCAACUCAAACACCUGGAGAACUGCAUCAAACAGGUGAACAUGAAGAUGGAGUACCAGAAGAAACAAGUGGACAAGGAGGUGCCUGCAGCCAGGACGACGGUCUCACUCAACGCCCAUCAGAAGAAGGUUGUUCAGGAUGUCCUCCGAGAACAGGGACAGCAGAUUGGUGACAUGAUGAAACAGAUCAAAGACAUCAAAAAUCAUUUCAGCUUCUAAGUAAAAAAAAAUAAAAUGUGUAUCGCAAACAAACAGGGAAAUAAUUCAAAUGCUCUCUUUUGAAAACAAAUCUGCCUUUUUUUUGUGACGUUUGGGAGGAAAUGCUUUAGUCAGAAGUUAAUAUGCCGUGUGUGGAAAUAUAUGCAUUUGAAUUGAAAGAUAUUUUAUAUACACUGAUUAUAACUUACUACAUGUUGUUUGUCUCUUAAUCGGGGAUACAAUAGUUUUGCCUUCGUGUCCUGGAUAACAUUUGGCAUAUUUUUUACGUGAGUUGUUUCUAAAUGUUUACGGUUUUGAGUCCAUGUAUGGGCAGGUAAAAUAUUUGGAUCGUAUAUUUUCAACAUGGUUGGCUCACUGUUUGGAUUAAUAAUAAAAUGUAAAGCUCUCUGUAA